CUCUCAUGAGCGGGAGUUGGAUGUGGAGCCGGCCGGCUUUUGCUUGAGUAUUGUUCAAUGUUGGCGUGUGCGUUCAGUUUCUUCGCGGUCGCGUCUCACGUGGGUAGUGUUAAGCUCCGUCUCCUGGCCAUUCUGAGUGAGUGAGGGAGAAGCACUCUGGGCACACAUUUGAGCAUCGCGUGUAUUUAUAGUGGAUCCGCCGGUGAUUUCAUCCCUUGCAAUGUGAUUAGUGACUGAUAAAAUCCUCCGGAGACAUAAUUUGGGCCCUCAAGUAGAGAAAAAAAAAUCGACCAGUAAAGGCAACUUUGCGUAACCAUAGCACUCCGUCAAGGACAUUUCCAUCAACUUCCUCUCAUCACAAUUCCUGGUUAGCGUCUAUUAGUCACCCGUGUGUUCACAGUCUUUUUCACCAGUGAGCCUACAGAAUUCAGAAACGCGAUAAUUUUGGCAAUUUUCUCAAAAUGUCUGAGUCUCAUACACGGGAAUUGAGCUUCAUUCCGGACUGGCCACCGGGUCCUCUGGAUUCUCAUCGGAAACAGAGCGCGUUUGACUGGAAGCAGCUCAAGUUGGUCCUGGAGGACAUUAAUUCACUCCGACUGAAGUACAAGGUGUGGAAGUUGCUCGAAUCAGAACCGCUAUUUGCUAAGAGUAAGACAACUCCGAGUGUAGAUGAACAGAAAAAGAUUGCUGCGCAGCAGAUGAUGCUCAUCGCUAAACUGGACAUUGUCCCUCCGGAAGUUUAUGCCAUGGGAUACUUACCCAGGUAUCGCUUCCUCAUGAGCGUCAAUGAAGCUCUACAUGCGAUUUGUCCCAGUUUAUCCGUGAAGAUCGCUGUGGGAGUGGGUUUGUUCCAGAAUGCCCUACGAGCCAUGGGAACUGAACAACACUCGUGGUUCUACAAUGCUGCAUGGUCUCGUGAGAUUGUCACAUGUCUGGCUAUUACCGAAGUAGCCCAUGGCAGUAACACUAAACGGAUCCGCACGACAGCCACUUAUGAUCCUCAGAACCAGGAGUUCAUUAUCAAUACGCCCGAUUUUGAGGCGGCAAAAUGUUGGAUUGGAAAUCUUGGAAAAACUGCCACGACAGCCAUUGUUUUUGCAAAUCUCUUCACUCCUGAUGGCCAGGGUCAUGGAUUACAUGGAUUUUUGGUGCCUAUUAGAAAUCCAUUGACACUCCAGACCUAUCCGGGAGUCCUCGUGGGUGACAUGGGAGAAAAAAUUGGACUCAAUGCCAUCGAUAAUGGAUUUGUGAUGUUCACACAGUAUCGUAUUCCACGGGAAAAUCUUUUGAAUCGCACUGGUGGUGUUACUCCAGAGGGGGAUUAUGUGAGUGUGUUCAGUGAGCCAAGUAAGAUCCUAGGAGCUGCUCUCGAGGGCUUCUCAGCCGGACGAUUGGGAAUAAUGCAAGAGGCUACGAAUACUCUGGCUCAUUCUGUCGUCAUUGCUGUUCGCUAUGCUGCCAUAAGGAAGCAAUUUGGACCGGAUAAAAAUGGACCUGAACAACCGAUCAUCGAGUAUCAGUUGCACCAAUGGCGCAUUUUUCCUUACUUGGCUGCUGCUUGUGUACUUAAGACAUCUGUUUACUCCCUCACGGAUCUCUACCUGAAGAUCAUUGAGAAAUCUCAGGCAAAUUCCAAUGGAAUUGAUCUCUUAUCUCAAAGUGUUGGUGAGAUCCAUGCUCUUGUGUCUGCUUCGAAGCCAAUGUACACAUGGACGGCCAGGGAUGCGAUACAGGAAGCACGUGAGGCUUGUGGAGGACAUGGGUAUCUCAAGGCGGCAAAUUUAGGGGAGCUUCGAAACAAUCACGAUGCUUGCUUGACCUACGAGGGUGAUAACAAUGUGUUGGGACAGCAGGCGUCCAACUGGCUGCUGCGCCAGUGGACAGAAGGUGUUCAGAGCCCCUUGGGUACAGUGAACUUCAUCAAGCGACGCGAAGAGAUUCUCAAGAGUACCUUCAAUCAGCUCAUUCAGCGAUUUGAAGUGACUUCAUGGCAAUUUAUUAAUCACUGCCUGGAAUGGCUUAUGUGCUGGCUGAUGCGUUCAAUUGUGGAGGAUGUGAGUUUGGCCAAGCAGAAGGGAGCAUGUUCUUUUGAAGCCAAGAACAACACUCAAGUCUACAAGGCCAGAGAUCUCGCUUUUAUCUAUUCUGAAUUCUAUGCCAUCAGCAGUUUCCGCCUGCGUUGCCUGAAGUCGGAUGUGGCUGCAAGUGUGAAACCUGUCCUGGAGCAGAUUCAUAGGAUAUAUGGAUUCUGGGUGAUUGAUCGUCAUAUGGUGGCUUUCUAUCAGGGCAGUUUUGCGUCCGGAGCUAGUUUUGCCGAAACCAUUCGCUCUAAUUUGUUGUCCAGCUGCCAAACUCUCAAAUCAGAUGCCGUGACAGUGGCUGAUUCCCUAGCACCCCCUGACUACGUCCUCAAUUCCGUCAUUGCAAAAUCCGAUGGGUUGCUCUAUCAGAAUCUCCAGAAUGAAUUUAUGACCAAUCCGGGUGCCUUGGAACGAGCCACCUGGUGGAGGGAAGUUCUACCUUUUCAGAAGUCCAAGCUAUAGGAAGAAAAUCAAGAAGAAUCCAAACUCUUAAGGGAAACACUUUUGUAUUUGUUCUUUUUUUUUUUCUUUUUCAAUAUAAAUUGUACAUGGAUUGUGGGUCGGUGUA